GAUGUCAUAAGUGCCAGCCAGCCAGGAGAAUUCCGAGAAGCUGAGUUUUCCCAUUUGAAGGUCAGGGGAAGUUAUCAGCCUGCCUACCACAACCAGCAUGCCAUCUGUCAGCCAUCGGUGACCAGAGCCAGUAAGGGAGGAGGGUGCCACCCCUAGCUCCCUGUGGGGCAAGCAAAGUGAGAAAGGAUAGAAAUGGGCCCUAGACAAAGCCUUGGGACACAAAACCCCCAGUUAGGGGACUGAGGAGAAUGCUGACCAGGAGAACCAGGAAAGAGCAGUGUCACAGAGACAGGGAGGAGAGAAUCCAGGAGGAGAGGGUGGACCAGUAGGGCCAGAUGCUGCCGAGAUCCAGAAGGAUGAGGCCUGAGAAAAGACCGUCAGAUCUGGCAACUCUGGGACAAACAGUCUCCAUGUUCCAGAAAAGGGUAAAACUGAAAAUACUCAAGAAAAGGAACCUAAAGCAGAAACUCAUCCACCCAAAAUGGGGGAAGAUGGUCAUGCUCUCUGGACCGUGCGGCGGGAUGGAGAAGUCCGACUAAGAAUAGAGAAAUUUGGCUUUGGGAGUGAGACUCCGAUGACCAUCCAUCAGUUCGUGAAGGAAGCAGUUGUCAGAUAUGGCCAGUACAUGGCUCUUGGAUCGAAGAAGAAAGACCGCUGGCACAUGUUGUCUUACACAGAGUAUUACUACGAGUGCCGGAAGGCUGCCAAGUCUUUUCUCAAGCUUGGCCUUGAGCGCUUCCAUGGCGUGGGGAUCCUGGGAUUUAAUGCCGCAGAGUGGCUCAUCGCUGACAUUGGCGCCAUUUUCGCUGGGGGAUUGGCUGUUGGCAUUUAUACCACUAAUUCUCCUGAAGCUUGUGAGUACGUCCUUAACCACUCUCAGACCAACAUCUUGGUGCUGGAGAAUGAAACACAGUUACAGAAGAUUCUCCAGAUUAAGGAAAAAUUAAGUCAUCUGAAAGCAAUUAUCCAGUACAGGGGGAAGAUCAAAGAAAAGGCUCCAGACCUUUAUUCCUGGGAUGAAUUCAUGGCCCUGGGGAAGGAUGUGCCCGAUGAAAAGCUGGAAGAAAUCCUCGACUCACAGAAGCCCAACCAGUGCUGCACACUGAUCUAUACCUCAGGGACCACCGGGCAGCCUAAGGGGGUGAUGCUCAGUCAUGACAACAUCACAUGGACGUCCGGCAUGGCCACAAGCAGCCUGACCUUGAAUUCCCCUCCGAGCCAUCAGGAGAUUGUGGUGAGCUAUCUCCCCCUCAGCCAUGUGGCGGCCCAGAUGAUGGACAUCUGGUUACCCAUGAAGAUUGGGGGGACCACAUACUUUGCUCAGCCUGAUGCACUCAAGGGCACCUUGUCCACGACCUUACGGGAGGUGAGGCCCACGGCCUUCCUGGGUGUGCCCCGUGUCUGGGAGAAGAUGCAGGAGAAGAUGAAGGAAGCUGGCGCCAGUUCUUCCUCGUUCAAGAGGAAGGUGGCCACGUGGGCCAAGUCUGUUGGUCUUCAGCAAAACGUGAAACGGAUGAACGGGGAGUCCGAUUUUUCCCUGCGGUACCAUCUAGCCAAGUGGCUGGUGUAUUCCAAAGUCCAAUAUGCCCUGGGCCUAGACCGCUGUGCUCAGUACUUCAGCGGGGCUGCGCCCAUCACCAAGGACACCCUGGAGUUUUUCCUGAGCUUAGACAUCCCCGUGUGCGAGCUGUACGGCAUGAGUGAGAGCACAGGGCCCCACACCAUCACCCACCGAGACUGCUUCCGGCUGAUGAGCUGUGGGAAGGUAAUGCACGGCUGCAAAAACAUGAUCUACCAGAAGGACCACGAGGGCGUCGGGGAGGUCUGCUUCUGGGGCCGCCACGUCUUCAUGGGCUACCUCGACAUGGAAGAAAAGACCAGGGAGGCCAUCGAUGAAAAGGGCUGGCUCCACUCGGGAGACCUCGGGAAGAUGGACAGCGAGGGCUUCCUUUAUAUCACCGGCAGGAUCAAAGAGCUCAUCAUCACGGCUGGAGGGGAGAACGUCCCCCCCGUCCCCAUCGAGGACCUGGUCAAGGAGAAGAUCCCCAUCAUCAGCUUUGCCAUGCUGGUGGGCGACAAGGCCAAGUUUCUCAGCAUGCUCCUAACUCUUAAGUGCCAGGUCAACCUAGACACUGGGGAACCUGAGGAUGACCUUUCACCCGAAGCCCUGGAAUUUUGCCGGAAAUUGGGGAGCAAAUCAAAAAAAGUAUCAGACAUUGUGAAUGGCAAAGAUCCCCUUGUCUAUGAAGCCAUCGAGAAGGGCAUUGAAGCGGUCAACAAGGAGGCUACCUCCAAUGCCCAAAGGAUCCAGAAGUGGAUGAUAUUAAAUAAGGAUUUUUCCAUUGUUGGUGGAGAGCUGGGUCCCACUACAAAACUGAAGAGGCCCGUAGUGGCCAAAAUGUACCAAGAACAGAUCGAGAGCUUCUACCAAUAGCUUCAGGCCGCCCGGCUGGGGACUGGUUUUCUUUGUAAAGCUUUAGUUUUUCCAGCCUGGGAGGCUGUGUAGUGAACAUUUCCAAUCCUACAGACCGGCGCUGAUACCUCUGCCCAGGCCCACACGUCCAUCUGAAGACGCGCUUCUCUGGGAGUGAAUGAAGAGAAGAGUAUUCUUAUUUGUAUACAUGUUGUCCAUUAUAUCUCUGGGUGCUUAGCCUUCCAUGUGGUCCGAGUACUUCCUGGAGCUUCAGGAUCGGGGCUCUGGGUGGGUGGGCCCAGCUACCUCCGCCCUUCCCUGCCGGCCCCCCAGGGGAGCCCCUGCCUCAAACAUGGGAAAUUAUUUAUUCUCUACCAAAGUUUUUCAGCAUUGAAUGUCAAGUACCUUGUCUGCCUGCACCCAGCACAGAGGCGUAGAGAUGGGGGAAUGAGCCUCUUGUGUCGAGCAGAGAGCUUUGGAUGUUAAACACACAAACUUCUCUCUCUCUCUUCAGCUUUCUCAGGGCACAUCCAGGGGAAGAGGGGGAGUCACAGCAUCACAGCAGGCAAACAGGAGUCCUCCCCUCUUCUCUCCCCCCCUCCCCACCAUUUCACCAUCAUGAUGGGAAUUCCCUCUAGUCCCUUGGCUGUCACUGGGCCCCAAUCUGCACAACUGAUGUACUCGUGGGUCUCUCAGCCCCUUUGGCUCUUUCCCCUCCUGGCCCAGACAAGAACUGUCAGACCCUCUAAUAAACUGAGACCAGCUUUACUGCAUUAGUGCAACAGCUGAGCCAGGGACCAGAUGAUCCUGAGAAACCAUGAAUGGAUAGUAGAUUCCAGAGUUAUUUCCCCAUGGCCCUUUGUUCCUUUUAUGUGGCCCAAUAUACAUACAUUUCAGGGAUUUGACUCCCUCCCUGGAAUCCACCAAAGACAAAGUAGAGCAUGGAAUAAAGGGCCAUUUCAGGAGGGUGGCAGCCAGGGGCACUGCCCGCUUUGUACAGGUUGAGUUUUUUAUAUAGGGUAUUGGAUUUAUGAUGAGUCAGGACCACCUUUGGGAACCCACUCCAUCAUUUUGUAGAUAAAGAACAACGGGGUCAGAAUGAGUUCCCCAAAGUGAAACAAGGUUAUAAGGGAUAGAGGAGGGAUUCAGACUCUGCUUCUCAACUGCAAAACCCCUGCUCCUUUUCCUCUCUAGUUCCAAGGAAGGAAAGCAGGUCACCUUCCCAUAAUUUUGAUACUAGUGGUGCACACCUGUAAAAUCAUGGGACUGGUUGAAAUGGCUUUCAACUCCUCCCCUGCAAUUCCCGUUUGAUGCUCAGGAACAUUUUAUGGAGUCCAACCUCUGCCUAACACGGCGAUGAUGAAAGUUUUAGAAAUCAAAGCAAACUGUGGCUGGGUCCUCCAGCCCUUUUGAAGCAGCGGGAGCCCUGAGGAUUUCCCCAUCUUUCCGGUAAUGGAUGAGCACCAUCCUAGUCGUGAUAGUUGACAUCUAUUUGGGGCUUGAAGAUCUGCAAAGGAUUCUUAUUUGGGGUCUCAUCUCGGAGGAAGGAGGUGCUCCUAUUGCUGUUGUAUAGAUAGGGAAAUUGAAGCAAGGGACGUAUAUAGCUAAGUAUCUGAGGCUGGAUUUGAAUUUGGGUCUAUCUGCCUCUCAAGUGUGGCCUGGUGCACUGUCACUUUGGGCUUGGCUCCGCUAAGUGCAUCCGUAUCCUUUGUGAAAACCAGGCUGACAAAUUGGAGACACCUUGCUGAUUUAAAAGGCUUGCUGGUGGGUUGUAUCAGCAGGUGACAGGGUCUGGCAGGGGCCUUAGCCAUUUUGGAGUGAUCUUUUCAAGAGACAAGGCCGGUCUUCACCAAGUAGCUCAGGAAACCAGCAGUAAGCCCUUGCCUAACUACCUGAGAUUUGUGUCCUCCAGAUAGAUGGAUAAAGCUCCAUUAUCUCUGGGGUUACUUUUCGCAGGGACCAUCUGUCAAUAAAGCAUUUCUUUAACCAGUU